CUCAGUCUGCUGCAAAAUAAAGAAGAAGAAGAAAAAGAUGGAGUAGACAGAAUCAGUGGCUCAGUGCAUGACUGUAAAGUGUUUACAAUCAGUAUCAUUAUGUUUUUGUUGUCAUUGUUAGUGUAACUGUCAGUCGAAACUCCAGUCCAGAUGGCUCAGGCUGCCUGGUCAGAAAAAAUGCUGCAACUUCUCCGCAGAAUGAAUAACUUUUAUUCCCCAGGCUCCUGUCGGGCUACAUGCUUCCGCUUUGAGAUCGCCGGGGAGCAGGUCGGCUGGAUUCCUCCCCACAUGGCCGCCUUCCUGACAAAGUAUCCCGAGGUGUUCAGUCCACCGCAGGGCGGCGCUAUCUCCCUAUGCCACAGUCUGGACUCGUACGGGAGGAGGUCGGAGGCCGUGGCCGCUGUCCUGCAGCAGCUCAGGGGGGAGGCCUCUCUGACGUGCCUUAGAGGCUGGAGGGAUGAGAGGUAUCCUGUGAUGCCCAGGUUCUGUGACACUCCGCUGAUGUGGAUGGAGAGAGCAGCUACAAGUCUUUUUGGCGUGAAGCGGUAUGGCGUCCAUAUAAAUGGCUACACUGUGAGUGAAGGUGGAGAGCUCAGCAUGUGGCUGGCACGGCGCUCGGCCACCAAGCAGACGUACCCGGGCCGGCUGGAUAACCUGGCUGCAGGGGGGCUGGCUGCAGGGAUGAGCAUCAGACACACACUGGUCAAAGAGUGUGAGGAGGAGGCGUGCAUCCCUGCCGCUCUCGCUGAAGGGGCUCGUCCCGUGAGCACAGUCAGCUACACAUAUGAGGAUGAGGAAGGAGUGUUUCCUGAGAGUCAGUUUGUCUUCGAUUUGCAACUUCCUGCUGAGUUCAAGCCCAGAAUCGGGGAUGGAGAAGUGCAGGAAUUCUACCUGUUGCCGAUAGACAAGGUGAAGGAGCUGCUGGUUGCUGAUGAGUUCAAACCCAACUGUGCCAUGGUGGUGUUGGACUUCCUGAUCAGACACUCACUCAUUGAGCCGGACUCAGAGCCAUUUUACCAAGAAUUUGUCGCUGGACUCCAUCAAACAUUAUAGAGUGAAGCACUGUGAAAACUGAGGCCAAGAUACAUGUACUAUAUAUUAUGUGGUUAGUCACAUUUCUCCCACCAAAUGACAAAUACAUGUUUUUUUGAAUAAUGAAA